AGUCAAACUAUCACCGUAGACCGUCAAAUGCGUCGAUAUAAUGUUCCUCGUAUAUCUUUUAUUAACAAAUUGGAUCGUAUUGGAGCAAAUCCUUUUAAUGUCGUUGAACAAAUUCGACAAAAGCUAAAAAUUACUGCCGCUGCCGUGCAAAUCCCUAUUGGACUCGAAGACGACCUAAAAGGUGUUAUCGAUUUAAUUAAAUGGAAGGCUGUUUAUAACGAAGGCAGCCGUGGUGAAAAAGUUAUCGAGAAAGAAAUUCCAGAUGAUCUUAUUAAUCUGGCAACUUUAAAAAAGCAAGAGUUAAUUGAAAAUCUUGCUGACGUAGAUGAUCAAAUUGCUGAAAUAUUUUUGAUGGAAGAAACACCCACAAAGGAACAGUUAAUGGAUGCUGUUCGACGUGCAACUGUUGCGAAUAAAUUUACACCUGUUCUUAUGGGAUCAGCUUAUAAGAAUACUGGCGUACAACGCGUACUAGAUGCUGUAUGUGCAUUUCUUCCUAAUCCAUCUGAGGUGCAUAAUACUGCUUUAGAUAUUAAUCAAAAGGAGGCUCGGGUUGAUCUCAUUCCAUAUUCAAAAAACCAUUUUGUCGGUUUGGCGUUUAAACUGGAAGAAGGAAAAUAUGGACAGUUAACAUACAUUAGAGUCUAUCAAGGAGCUUUGAAAAAAGGCUCUUUUAUCACAAAUUCUAGAACUUCAAAGAAAGUCAAAGUGCCAAGAUUAGUUCGAAUGCAUUCAAACGAGAUGGAGGACGUUGAUGAAGUUGGCGCAG